CGCUAGUUUGUCGUUUUUAAUACCACUCCUUAUCACGGAGAUAAUGUUUCAACGACUUUAUUAGACCUCAGCACCCCCGCGAGGGGACAGCACGAGCCAUCUGCUACUACUUCGGAAAGGGUUGCAAGUACUUCAAAAGAAAUAUGGUGGCGUCGAUCCCCUAUCCCGCGCUUCUCGUUGAUGUUUCGUGGCAAACAUCAAGUGCGGUAGCCAAGUUUGAAAAAGAAACGGUCGGGACUACAACUGCUCGGAACAUAAAUUCUGCACCGACCAUCGUCGCCACUCGUGAAGAUGUUGAAAACCUGGGUGAAGAUGUUGAGGCGGUGAAAGUACAACCGACAAGCGACGCCGAGCCGAAGCCUCUCGUCCAUGGUCCGCAAACAGACGCCAAGCCGCGAAAGAAAGAUCUACAACGGAGGGUCAUUUUCUGCGACAAUUGCCACCAGCCCGGCCACUACGCGCGGGACUGCCCGGAAGCACUGCGCAUGACCUGUCGCUGUUGCGGCCAGACCGGGCACUUCGAGAAGCACUGUCCCGAGCUGCAGCACGAGUUGUACCUCUAUGGGGGAAAUGAAGAUUGUGAACAAACAGAUUAUUCGAUAAUAGGCGACAAAAAUACUACUGGCAGUAGUGCACCUAAUUCCUCUAAGAAUAUCUCGGCAUUUUUGACGAGGCCCCCGACAACACGACCCCAUAAUUCCUCGGCCGUGCUGCGAUGUUCCCCGGGACAGCGGGCACAUUGUGGCGCGCGACAUUUUCUUCUCUUCGCGCCACACAAAUGGCUGCGGAAGGAAAGCACAAUUAGCAAAAGUGCUGCCUCCAAAAUAAAACGGGAGCAGGACCAACAUGACAACACCAGCCCUUUGUCGGUGUUGCAGCGCCUGCAGGAAGAGAAUCUGUGUGUUGAAGCGGCGACGGGUGUGAAGAGGAAGUCCCUGCGGCCGGACGUUCUCGCGCGCAUGAUCCAGCAGGCCUUUUUCACGGGGCACGGCAAGCGCCGAAACGUGGUAUUCGACAUUUGGGCGUAUGAGGGGUACUACCGAAUCAAGGCGUCGGACGUCAAGGCCAUGUCGGAAGCCUGGAUUGCGAAGUUUUUGACAACGGCUGCAUCGAGUUAUUUCACUGAAAAUAACGGUUCUGAGAAUGAUCAACCACCGGCAAUAUCUUCAAAGUCCAACAGCAAGACCAAAGGAGCCACGAAGAUGCCCCCCGGAGCUGCUGCACUUUCUUCGCACCACCUUCAGCCGCUCCUCUCUGCCGCCAGAUCCCGCACGGUGGGAGGCUUGCGGUCCGUGUUCCGAUUGGAAGAUGCGGGGCGAAGAAAAAUUCUGUUCCUAGAUGAAGAAAAAAAGUACCCGCCUCUGGAAGAGUGGUUACGAAGGGAAGUAGUACAACCCGCGGCGUCGAAAAGUAGAGCAGGGGGCACAGAGGUGGGAGCAAUUAGAAAUAGUACUACCGCGGCCCGCAGCAGAAAGCAAGUUGUAUCUUCUACUUCGGGGGCUACUACUUCGCAAGAUGAAGCACUUAUUUUCGCACAAGACGACAGCCAGACGUCGGCAGAUGAAGGAGCGUCGGCAAAUGAAGGAGCGAAUAGGCGGGAAGAAGAGGAACUUUUAUCUUCGGAUGGCUGUGCAAAAGACCACGUCUUGCUGCUCGGAGACCACGAGGGCAUUCCGCUUUGUCCUGGUUUUCGUAAUUAUGAAGUAAUGCUACACGGCCUGUUCAACCAAGAUCGGGCAGUAGACGAGUGCAACGCGUGUUCGAAAGCAAACAUCGAGGCCAUUCAGGGUGUGCGGCUCUCUGAUGUGGGGUUGCUUGGGUCCAGUUGCAUCGCGAUCACGCACUAUUUGCUGGAUACCAUAGUUCAUACCUGCGAAGUAACAGCUAGGAACUGAAGAGAAAACCGGCGCCUCCAAGGCGACAACCGGAGCGGUAAGCAGGGGUCUGUGAUCUUGAAAGAGCUGCUUCGUGCAAAAAAAAAGUUUCGAUCCCCCAAAAGAUAUUUCGACACCUACCAAAGUCGCGCUGUCGUCUCGAGUUUCCGCGAACAGCAUGCAAAUUAGCGACGCUGCACAGCCACGACAGUUCAUCUUCAUUUAUUGAGUCAGAGUGUUAAAGGACAUUUUAUUUUAUCAUUUCCUUCGCGGCGACGCAGGCGAC